AAGAAGCAAAAAAACUGAAUAAAAUCGGAAUCUAGAAAAGCCCAGAAACAAGGGCAGACAACUAAGUUCCACAUAUUGAGAGAACUGAUGGAGGCGAUCGUUUUCGAAAAGCAACAGGGUUCAUUAUGUGCCCUUCACUGUCUGAACUCCCUUCUUCAAGGCCAGUAUUUCAGCCCUAUAGAUUUGGCACAAAUAGCCAAGAAAUUAGAUGACCAAGAAAGGGAGCAGAUGGCUGAGGGUGGUGAGAACUCACAAGAAUAUAUGCACUUUUUAGAGCAACCGUCUUCAAAUAUGGAUGAACGAGGAUAUUUCUCAAUACAAGUUAUAACAAAUGCAUUAGGAGUAUGGAAUUUAGAUAUAAUACCUUUUAGUAGUCAACAUCCAAAAGCUAAGGAAGCACAAGAAAAUCCUCUACAACAAACAGCUUAUAUAUGCAACAUGAAGGAACAUUGGUUCACUAUACGUAAAAUUGGUUUCCAAUGGUUUAACUUAAACUCUUUACUGAGUGGUCCCGAACUCAUAUCAGACACAUAUCUGUCUUUGUUUAUCAUACAAUUACUACAAGAAGGUUAUUCAAUAUUUAUUAUCAUUGGUAACUUGCCACCUAGUGAUGCUGACCAACUUUUAAAAAUUCAUCCUGCUGUACAGCCAGUGAAACCUACCUUAGAAAGUGCAGCAUCUUUAACUGCAUCCAACAGUGAAGACCAGAUGGACCCCAGUUUACAGCAAGUUAUUGAGACUACUCGGGAAUAUGCUGAAAAGGAUGAUCCUUCAUUGCAGAGAGCAUUAGCAAUGAGUUUGAAAGAUAAGGAAGAAGCACUUUUACAAACUGCUCUUGAACUUAGUAUGCAAGGUGAUAAGGCAGAAGAUAAUUGUCUUGGAACUGAAGAUACUACUCCUGAUUUGGAAGUACAUCAGACUUGGGGUACGCCCCAGUCUCUUCCCAGUCAACAAUCUCAAACACAAAAGCCUUCAAAACAGCCGAUAUCCAUUGAUGAAUUGCGCCAAAAACGACUCACCUACUUAAGCAAAACAAAUUGUUUACAGAAUAAUGCAGCCGAUUCUUCUUCUGUUACUAAUAUGGAAAAUGAAUCUGAAUCUGUUAAAGAAAAUGGGGAAAAUGGAGAAAAUGGGGAAGAAUUGAGUGAAGAAGAGAUGCUUCAGAAAGCAAUUUAUAUGUCUAUGAAAGCAGCAGCACCAAUGUGAAGCUACUGUGGAUGAAGAACUAGGACAGUCAACUCUGUUGUGAUAUUAGUAACAGAAAGUGCUAAUUGUACACUACACCUCUCUUUCCUUCAUUUCUCUCUCUCUUACAGAGUUAUGCAGAAAGCUGUAUCACAGUUGGUUGUAUUUUCUGUAAACUGACUCUAAUGCUAUGGGAGCAAUGCCUAUUUAUUGAUGCAAUUUGUACUUUUGCAAUAUAAAUAUUUUUUUACCUUUCA